AUUGGUCGCGAAGGAGGAAGAUGCGACGGCAAUGGAGAAUAGACUGGGGACUUUACACAGCAUCCUGCUGAUGUGAUUAAUAUUAUAAAUGAUUUCCUUGCGUUGAUUCGUCGCGGUAUGUAGUGUAAGGCCUUGUGAUUGUUACCUACUUGACGUGGGUUAUUUCCGGCAUUUUUCUUUUCUUUUGUUUGUUUUGAAGGAUCGUUUGAUGUGAUGUCGGGCCCGUCGCGCUGCUUGUUGUAGGUGAAGUCACUCCCUAGAAAUGCAGCUUGUGGUCACAACACUGGUAGAGCUAUCACUGAAGGUGUUGCUGAGUGAACGAUGCACGAGCGAUGUCUGAUGUUGAGGCCACGUACGCAGACUUCAUCGCCUCUGGCAGGACGGGUCGCAGGAACGCCAUGCACGACAUUCUGCAGAGUCCCGUUGACCCUGAAGGACGAGAACUGCCCCUCACCCUGUCUCUGUCCCAGCUGCACAUCAACGCAGGAGGGGGAGAUGGAGAUGACACUGAGGACAGCCAGAGCUCUUCGUCCUCGGCCCACAGGGAGAUGGGGCAGAGGAACAGCUAACCUGUCACACACUCCUGCCAGUGCGCAGAGAGCUGCGAGAUGGAUUCCAGCCGCCAUUGUGACAAAGUCGUAUGUUCAAAGUGGGCUGGUAGCCGGAGGGUAGCGCCACCGCUGCAGAGGUGCCUAUAAGCAGGGCACUGACCCCCUAAAUCCAAUGUAGAGGCGCUGUGCUGCGAUGUGAUCACCCAGUGCUCUCAUGUCCCCGUGCCUCUGCUGUGCACUAGAAUAACAGACUAUUGGCAGGGCUGUAUUUCACAGUUGGAGUACGCAGAGAGACAAAUCUGUAGCUCAUGUACAGCUGAUUUUACUUUCAGUCUUAGUCACUAAACACACAGGCUGGAUGAUCGGAAUCAAAAGAGAAAAUAGACAGAGAUCUUAUGUGAGUUUUGUAGUUGUGCGAGCAAUUUGUAAGACCACUGAGACGUGCUGAUGUAAUGGGUCACAGUGAGAGUAGCAUGUUUGUAGUGAUGCUGAUAGAGAUUAUAUUGCCAGUUAAUGGCCUGUGCUUCCUUUAAAUUGACAAUACCGUGGAGGGAAUUGGACUGCUCAGCUGUAGUAAAGCUGGAACACACCAAGAACAAAAACACUUGGGCUUACUUUAUCUGUUGAAAAUAUGUUCACUGAUUCUGUUGUGUUUGGUGGAACAAAAUCCAGUAAUAUUAUGUAUGUGAAAUAUGUUCAUACUGUAGGACGCAGCAGACGGGAUGGUGGGUUUCUGUUGACCAACAUUACUUACAAAUACAUUUCUGAGUACAGUAUGGAAGGCAUAUCUUUUAAAAUGUUGAUACUUUUUCUUUUAAACUUUUCUAAUGAUGCCAUUAUAAUCACAACCUUAAAGGAGUAAUUUGAAAUGUUGUGAAACACGCUUAUUCUCUUUCUUGCUGAGAGUGAGAUUGAGAGGAUCGAUGCCUUAUGUAUGUACACUAAAUAUGUAGCUGCAGUCAGCAGAAGCUUAGCUUAGGAUAAAAAGUGGAGAUGGAGCCGAGCUCUGUCCGAAGUUCACUUAAGUCAUCACCUACCAGUCCCUUUAAAACUCGCUACAUAGCAUGUUAUAUCUUGUUGGUAUAAAUUGUACAAAAGCCGACUGUAAAUAGCCAUGGCUUGGACAAGUUGAUAGGCUACCAGCGGAGAUUCAAGUGUGAAUGAGAUAUAACAUGUUAAUGAUUGAGCUUUAAAGGUGCUAGUAGUCAGAUUUGUUACCUUUGGAGUUGUUUCCUGUAUGCUAAGCUGUAAAGGUGUGGUAUCAAAGUGUCUGUCGAUUCAUCCUGACCUUUGACCUUUAACCUACUAUAUAUAACUUUGUCGUAAUGUUGUUGUUGUUGUUUUUUUGUUCGUUUUUUUAAACAGGUGUUGAUUUAUGACCGACUGCAGAUGAGCUAGUUGGCUAAGCUAAGCUAAACAGCUGUUUCUUGCUCCGGCUACAGUUUUCGAGCGCAGACAUGAGAGUGGUCUCGAUUUUCUCGUCUAACUCUCGGCAGUAAAGCGAAUAAGUGUCUUUCCCAAAAUGUCAAACUAUUCCUUAAAUGUAGUUAUGCAAUACUCAGUGGAUCUUCCAGUAAGUGUAACAUGUUUGUGUGAAAGUUUCUAUCUCUGACAUUGAGGCUGAACUACAUUCCUGCUUCUUUGUGUAAUAAUUGAUGCACCCCACAAACAUGAUCUGUAAAGACACCAUCAUGCAUGCACUGUUAAAAACUGUGUAUUUCGUUAUUUUCUUGUAUAAUCUUACUGUAUUACUACAGCUUGACUGUGUCUUCAUUUUUAUUCAUGCUGAUGAUAUUAGGGAAAAUAUAACUUUUUAAUAAUAUAUUACUCAUUCAAUCAGGUUUUCAGGUUGUAAACUGCCAUGUGACUAUAGUGACUCCCACCCGUUUCAACAACAUUGUAUAACCUAAACACAGCUGUUUAUAAUUCAGCAUGUAGAAUUAUAGCAGGUGCAUGAUUCUGUGUUGGUGUUUCUCUGACUGUCUAUAUCCAUAUUUUCUACUCUGUGUCAAAACAAAAUAAAUAACUGAGCUUCUUG